AUGAGUUACGCAAAGAAAGAUGAGGAUGCUGACCACUCCGGCUUCAAGCUGGAUCGCACCUCUGUAUUUCAAGAUGCACGACUAUUCAACUCCUCUCCUAUAUCACCUCGAAAAUGCCGGACUCUCCUCACCAAACUGGCAGUCUUGUUGUUCACCGGCGAAAAGUUCCCUACAAAUGAAGCCACCACUCUCUUCUUUGGUAUUUCGAAAUUGUUCCAGAACAAAGACCCGUCCCUCCGCCAAAUGGUCUAUUUGAUCCUCAAAGAACUAGCACAGACCGCCGAGGAUGUUAUCAUGUCCACGAGUAUCAUAAUGAAGGACAUGACGGUUGGGAGUGAAAUUGUCUACAAGGCGAACUCUAUUCGUGCACUUUGCAGAAUCAUCGACGCGACUACCGUCCAGGGGAUUGAACGAUUGAUCAAAACCGCCAUUGUCGAUAAGUCGCCUGCUGUCUCCUCAGCUGCCCUGGUCUCAUCAUAUCAACUCCUCCCCAUCGCAAAGGACGUUGUCAAAAGAUGGCAGAGCGAGACCCAGGAAGCUGCUUCGUCAUCUAAGUCGGGCGGUGGGUUCCUCAGUUUCUCCACAAGUUCGCAACACUCGCUCGCAACUGCCAACACCAACUACAUGAAUCAAUAUCACGCCAUUGGUCUACUCUACCAGAUGAGAUCCCAUGACAGGAUGGCUUUGGUCAAAAUGGUACAGCAGUACGGAGCUGCUGGGGCGGUCAAAUCUCCUGCUGGAGUGAUGAUGUUGGUUCGAUUAGCAGCUAGACUUGCCGAAGAGGAUCCAAGCUUGAGGAAGCCAAUGACCCAAAUGCUGGAUACUUGGCUACGGCAUAAGAGCGAGAUGGUCAAUUUCGAGGCCGCAAAGGCCAUCUGCGCACUCAGAGAUGUCACCGAUGCUGAAGCAGCACAAGCGAUUCAUGUUCUUCAAUCCUUCCUAACAUCCCCACGAGCCGUCACGAAAUUCGCCGCAAUCCGAAUCCUCCAUUCCUUCGCGUCCUUCAAGCCAAAGGCUGUCCAUUCAGCCAAUCCAGAUAUUGAAGCCCUCAUCUCAAAUAGCAAUCGAUCAAUCGCUACCUUCGCUAUCACUACCCUACUCAAGACUGGCAAUGAAGCUAGUGUGGACCGACUCAUGAAGCAGAUCUCUAGCUUCAUGGCCGAGAUCACCGAUGAGUUCAAGAUCACUAUAGUGGAAGCCAUCCGGACUCUUUGCAUGAAAUUCCCAAACAAACAAGCGGGCAUGUUGACUUUCUUGAGCGGAAUUUUGAGAGAUGAAGGUGGUUACGAAUUCAAACGUGCCGUGGUAGAGAGCAUGUUCGACCUGAUCAAAUUCGUUCCUGGUAGCAAGGAGGAGACAUUAUCCCAUCUCUGUGAAUUCAUCGAAGAUUGCGAGUUCACGAAAUUGGCGGUUCGAAUACUGCACCUCAUCGGUGCGGAAGGCCCAAAGACACCUCAACCCACAAAGUAUAUCCGCUACAUCUACAACAGAGUUGUACUGGAAAAUGCGCUCGUUAGAGCAGCUGCAGUCACCGCUUUGGCCAAAUUUGGCGUGGGACAAAAAGAUCCAGACGUGAAGAAGAGUGUUGAAGUUUUGUUGACCAGGUGUCUUGAUGACACGGACGAUGAGGUUCGAGACCGCGCUGCACUUAACCUCCGACUGAUGCAGGAAGAAGACGACAUUGCAGAACGUUUCGUCAAGAACGACUCGAUGUUCUCUUUGUCGACUUUCGAGCAUAAACUCGUUAUGUAUGUGACUUCGGACGAUAAGUCUGUCUUUGCCAGCGCUUUCGACAUUAAGUCUGUCCCUGUUGUCUCUCACGAGCAAGCUCUCGCGGAAGAAAGAACGAAGAAACUCACUACAGCGACCCCCACCAUCAAGGCUCCUUCCACAGGACCAGCCAAGCCAAAGGCCAAUGGGCUUGCAGAAGCUCCAUCUGCUGCGGCAGCAGCACAGAAAUAUACACAAACAUUUUCCAGCAUACCCGAACUGGCUGCUUAUGGUCCAGUUCUGAAAUCCAGCCAAGUUGUUGAAUUGACUGAAAGCGAGACAGAGUAUGUUGUCUCCGCGAUCAAACACGUAUUCAAAGAGCACGUUGUCCUCCAGUAUGACAUCAAGAACACUCUGGAUCAGACUGUACUCGAGAACGUCACAAUUCUCGCCUCUCCUUCAGAAGAUGAUGAACCAACUCUGGAAGAAGAGUUCAUCAUCCCCGCCCCAGCUUUGAAAACUAAUGAGCCUGGUGUCGCUUACGUGGCAUUUAAGAAACUGGGCGGAGAAAAUACCUUCCCAGCUACAAGCUUCACCAAUGUUCUCAAGUUUACAAGCAAAGAGAUUGAUCCAACUACGGGCGAGGCUGAAGAUGGUGGAUAUGAAGACGAAUACGAAGUCGAAAAUCUAGAAUUGACAGGGGCCGACUAUGUGGUUCCUGCUUUUGCCGGUAGCUUCGAUCAUGUUUGGGAGGGCACUGGCGCAAAUGGCGAAGAAGCCAGUGAUACCUUGCAAUUGUCCAGUAUCAAGAGUUUGGCUGAUGCAACGGAGCAGCUGUCUCGAAUUCUUUCUCUGCAAGCACUGGAAGGCACCGACGUGGUUCUAUCCAAUACACAGCACACUCUGAAAUUAUACGGAAAGUCGGUGACUGGUGGACGGGUAGCCGCACUUGUCAAGAUGGUCUAUUCGACGAAAUCAGGAGUUACAGUUAAAGUCAGUGUCAGGACGGAUGAGGCAGAUUUGGCAAGUGCGGUUAUCAAUUCAUUGUCUUAG